UAGAAAGUAGUGGCCAUCACUCGCUUUAAUCUGAGCGUUGCACAUAAUGAAAUGCUUGCGUGCCUGGUUGAACAGAAGUUACGUCUCCUAAUGUAAACUGACUGAAUGCGCAGCGCAGGAAGUAGCUUACAGGAUUAUCAUUGCUCUCUGGUGACUUCUGCACUGUUUUUACACCUUCCUUCUAAAUAAGGAAGCAGCUCGCUAGACAUAUGACCAUGAGACCAAUUUGGGUGCUGUCAAAAACCCCAUCACAUCCCAUGAUCACACAAAGCCAUCCAAUGAAACUGAAUUCCCACCUCACUGGUGGAAUGAAGGCGCACAUCUGAACAACUCGAAGACUUGGCAUUGCAGACCAGGAGCUUCACUUCUUGCUGGAUUGCAGAUUUACUUUUGGGGAGAUGGCGAAACGCGGGUGACGUCACACAGGCGUGGAUGGCUGGAUGGUGAUCUGGGUACACGGCACGGGUGAUAAGGCUACCCUCCGCGGCCGUCGGCGUUGUCAGUUCAGAGAGCCAAGGGGCUGCAAAACAUGGUCAGCGCCACCUCCAUCACAAGCUCCGUUGGUCACUCGCAAUUCUCAACGCUGCUCACGGGCUUUAGUUUCAUGUCCGACACUCUGAUCUGCCUUCCAAAAAUAAGCCACUGCCAACAUGCUAAAGGAAGAAAAAUAAGAAGGGCGGUAUUUUUAGGGCCAUUAAUUUUGACCACGUGCCCAGAAGGUGAACCGGAUGGCCAUUGCGCAAAGGCCGCUCAUCACUAUGUCCUACGAGGCCAGCACUCACUGGACGCUGUAUAGGAUUGUACUUCUGGGGCUGCUACUGGGGAUUGUGUCAUCAUAUCCAAUUCCAAGCAGGACUAAUGGCACUUUGUUGGAGAGAAGAUGGGAAACUCUGCUCUCCAGGUCCAUUCUUGGGAUCUCUGGGGAGAAAUCAGACCUGAACUGGGAAAGCGACUAUUUGCUGGGAAUCAAGCGAGUCAGGAGGCUUUACUGCAAUGUGGGCAUCGGCUUUCACCUUCAGGUCCUCCCAGAUGGAAGGAUAAAUGGUGUACACACUGAAAACCAGUACAGUUUGUUGGAAAUCUCAACAGUCGAACGAGGAGUGGUUAGCUUAUAUGGAGUGAAAAGUGAUUUGUUUGUGGCAAUGAAUAGCAAAGGAAGAUUGUAUGGAACGGCCAUUUUUCAAGAUGAGUGCAAAUUCAAAGAAACCUUGUUACCAAACAACUACAAUGCCUAUGAAUCUUCAGUGUACAGCGGCUCAUACAUCGCAUUAAGUAAACAUGGAAGAGUGAAAAAAGGAAGUAAAGCCUCACCUUCAAUGACAGUGACACAUUUUCUUCCAAGAAUAUAAGGAAAACAUCCAUUUAUUACCUACUAAUUUGCACAUGUGAAUAUUCUCCCAGGUAAAAGAAAAUCACUUCAUCAUAUGUAUAUUUGGUUUGAUCUAUUUGUAUGAGGUCUCUUAUCUAUGCCAUUUGCUGCUUAUUGUUUAUUGUUUAAAAAGGACCGAAUGGUCUCUUCUCAUAUGGGUGCUUGCCAUGACUGCUAAAGAAAUUUUACCCUGCCAUAAGGAUGACAAAUAUCUUUAGCUUUUAGACGUGCAAUGGAUAUUUUUUAUUACCUCAAACGGCAGCCUUCUGCCAGACAAGGAUACAUGAAGACAGGCUCAGUGGAAUUCAGUGCCUUUUAAAACCCUUGGAGGAUGGUAUGGUAUUCAGAAAUUUCCCAGUGCUGUCAUGAAGAAUGCCACUUCAUUUCUGUUUCACCAAACUUAUACUGACAAGGCCUUUGGACUCUUAUUUCAUAGCACUUUUGGAAUCUGAUUAAACAGACCGCACUUAAAAAUCACAUUUUUGGUUGCCAUGUAAUUAAACAGCAAUUUUUAAUUCAGGGUUUGAUACUAUAGGUGCAUCAAAAUAUUGUAUGCCAGGAAUAAAGAGAAAUUGCUGCAAACAAGAUGAGAACAAUGUGUCCUUAAAUACAUAAUGUAUGGUUACAUGCAAAGGCUGCUCUGUGUUACAUUCAGAAUAGUUUUUCUUCUGAUAGAGAACAAAAAAGCUGCUUUUUAUUUAGGAAAGACUUAUGGCACACCAUAUGUACAUCUCAUUGUUUAUAUAACCCUGCAAGAAUGCUAGUCAUGCUUGGUGAAGGCUCCUUCCAAAAUAUCUGAGAAGACUCCUAUUUCGGAUGUCAUUAUAAAUGUCGGUCAAUGGAAGCCUUUAAAUUCUUGUAGUUAUGGGUCCUCUCCCAUUUAAACCAUUUUUAGUCCAAGGUCAGGACUGUGUCCAAGCUAUGCACGUUCUUUUGCUUUAAGGGUUAGCACAGUCAGGUUUGGUCAUAACUAACGAAAGGGAAGUAAACAUAUAAGGAAAGCUGGAUAGAAUUGGAAACACGUAUAAGGUAUAGUGAAGAAGAGUGUAAUGAUAAUGUGGCACAUCUUUGUUAUCUGCUACUUUAAAAACCUGCCUAACAUUUUUCCGACUUUUUAAAGAAUAUAUUGAAGUGAUUUUUUUAAUCUAUAAAGAUAUGGAGAUUAGGCUAACUGGUGACGCUAAAUUGGGCAGAUUUGUGAGGAUAUGUGUGUAGGUGUCUUUGAUACACUCGCACCCCAUCCAGGGUUGACACUUACUUGUGUCUUCUGCUGCCAGGAUAGACUAUGGCUCCAUCAAUAUAACAACAGGAUAAGACUACUUAAGAAAAUAAAUGAGUACAGCACUUCAUUUUAAGUUUGAUGACAUCCAUUAUCCUUAGCACUUACAUUCCCUCAAAAUGAGUCUGUUAAAGAACAGGUUUAAUUUAAGGGAAACGGGAUUUGAAAGUAAAGUGCAUCUUUUGUUGUUUAACCCAUAAAUGGUUAUUUUGAGAAUGCAUUCUGCAAAUAAAUCCUAAGAGGGAACCUUAUGUAUUCUGUUCAUUACUGGUCCCAUCAUAAUAUCCUGGCUGUUCCAUGGGAAAGGGGCAGGGGAUUUUAGUGGGAGCGGUGUGCUGGAGCCUAUCCCAGAAGCAGUAGGAACAAGACAGUACAAACCCUGGACAGGUUGCCUGUCCAUUGCAUGGCAUGUUCGCUGACACAUACACACGGGGCCAAUUUAGAAACACUGAUCAAACCAAUAUACACAUCUUUGGGAUAUAGGAGGAAAACCAGAGUGUCCAGGUACACACUCCACAAGGAAGGUGAAUUGGCAUGGGACUGGGAAACCCAUGGCGCUAUAUCCAUGAAACAGCACUUUGUAACCACUGUGAUACCUUACACUAGUGGUUGUGUAAAUAUGUUCAAUUUUCAUAGCAAGAGAAAGGGACAGAGAAAGAGAAAGUGAGACUGGGGAGAAAAUGGCAGAAUGAAUUAAA